AUGGGGAAUGUACCUACAAAAGAAUCAAGAAGUAGAUCAAAUUCCGCAGUAUCCUUAAAUGGAAAUGGUUCACCUUUAAAUUCAUCAUCAACUAUAACAACAAAUUCAAUAAAUAAUCGAACUUCAAAAUCAAGAAGAAAUACAACAACUACUUCAUCAUCAACUUCAUUUCAAAAUAAUCAUGGUAAUAAUAGUCAUCAAAGAUCAAAUUCAUCAGAUUUAAGAAAAUUAAAAAGACAAGAAGAAAAAGAUUUAAAAUUAACAAAUCAUUAUAAUCAAUUAAUUGUUAAAUUUACAGAAACUGUUGAUGGUGGAUAUUUAGCUCCUUUUGGUACUUAUAAAUCAAAUUUAGAUUAUGAUUGUGAUAUAGUUCGUUCAUUAAUAAUAAAUAGAGAAAUUUCACCUUUUUUCACACCAUUACAAGAUUUUAAUGAAAAUUGGUCAAAUAAUGAAUUAUAUAUAAUAUUAAAUCAAUUAACUUUACAUGCUUUAGAAGAACCUUUGGAAUUAAAUAAUGAUUAUGAAGAAGAUGAUUUAGAUAAUCAUAAAAUUCAUAAAUCUUCAAAUUAUUAUAAAAGACAAGAAGAAAAAGCAAAAUUAAAACUGUUAAUUCAAAAUGUUAAGGAUUUGCAAAAGCAAGAGGAGACUAAAUUUCAUGAAGCAAAGAAGGCAAGAGACCAACAACAACAAUCACAACAAAGUGUUAAUAAUCAACAACUCAGUAGUAAUCUUCAACAAAGCAUCAAAUAUUUACAAUCUCGAGAUUUACAAUUAAAACUAUAUAGAAAUCCAAUUGAAUGUCCAAUAUGUUUUUUAUAUUAUCCUCAACAUUUAAAUAUUUCAAGAUGUUGUAUACAACCAAUAUGUACUGAAUGUUUUGUUCAAAUUAAAAGAUUAGAUCCUCAUCCUCCUCAUGAUGAUCCUUCAAUUCAACAAAGAGGUGAACAACCUCAUUCAUUAAUUUCAGAACCUGCUAGUUGUCCUUAUUGUGCUAUGCCUGAUUUUGGUAUAACUUAUGAUCCUCCUAUUGAUAUUCAUACUGGUAUUGGUGGUAUACUACCUAGUGAUUAUAAAUUAUCCAAAACUAUAUCAGAAGAAGAAGAUGAAAUCACAGAAGAAAAUGCAAUAAUUGAUGAUGAUGAAGAUAUUACAUCAUCUCCUUCAAAACGUAUUAAUUCAUCAACUACUUCAUCACCACCACCAACAAUGAAUAAUAAUUUAAUAAUUAAUAAAGUAUUUGGUAAAUCAACCACCACUAGUCAAAAAAAACCAAAAAGAAGAAGUUCAAUAGCAGCAAAUUCUCCAGGAGUAAUAACAAUUGAUAAAAUAAGACCAGAUUGGGAAAUUAAUUUAAAUAAUGCAAGAAAUAAAUUAGCAAGAAAAGCUGCUACUGCAAGUGCUAUUCAUGCAAGUAAUUUAAUAAUUGAAAAUAACAAUUCUACUAGUAACAAUAUUUUAAGUAGUAGUAAUAAUCGACAAUUAACUGGUUAUUCUCAAGUUGAACAAAGAAUGAUUGAAGAAGCUAUGAGAUUAUCAUUAAUUGAUGAAGAAGAACGUAAAAGAAAAUUAGCAAAUGAAUAA